UGAUGUCCGACUUGUUCGCCUAUUUAUUAUAUGAUUCAAUAGAGGACAAUACACAACUACACAGCAUACAACUUUAACAAAUACACAUCUAUAUUUCUCCCAGAAGUAUAUCAAGAUGGGCAGAGCAAUGGCGGUGUUGUUGAUGGCAAUUUCGCUUGGUUGCUGCAAUAUAGUGAACGGCGCGCCGCCGACUGUUCUCACCAGAGUCAUGCCGAGGAGAGGAGCCGACAGCUGCAAGCCGCUUGUGAUUGCCCACCGCGGAGCCAGCGGCUACGUGCCAGAGCACACACUGGGUGCCUACGCCCUCGCUAUCACCAUGGGCGCGGACUACGUCGAGCCCGACCUUGUGAUGACCGCCGACGGAUACCUCAUUGCCCGACACGACAACGAGCUCGGCCUCACCACGGAUGUCGCACAGCGCCCCGAAUUCGCCGGUCGCUUCAGAACGCAAAUUGUCGACGGCCGACAAAUGACCGGCUGGUUCACCGAAGAUUUCACCCUCGCCGAAAUAAAAACGCUGCGAGCUGUUGAACGCAUACCAAACUCGAGGCCUGGCAACGCAAGAAUGGACGGCGCUUUCGACAUUCCUACAUUCCAAGAAAUUAUAGAUCUUGUAAAAAGCAUGGAGAUAAGCGAGGGGCGCACCAUUGGCAUUUAUCCGGAAAUUAAACACGGUACCCAUUUCCAACAUUUAGGAUUGGGAAUGGAACGAUCGCUAGUUGAUACGUUUCACAGAAAUGGAUACAUCGGACCGCUGGCUCCGGCUUACAUUCAGUCGUUUGAAGUAAAUAAUUUAAAGGAGCUUAAGGAGCUGACGGAUCUUCGUUUAAUACAGUUGUACGGCGGUAACCCGGCAAACCAGCCUUUCGAUCAGUUUGUUACUGGCACAAAACUGACAUACGCCGAAAUGGCAACACCAGAGGGGCUUAGAGAAAUUGCAAAGUAUGCGCACGCGGUGGGACCAGAAAAGAACUAUAUUAUACCUCGUAAAGAGGAUAAUACAUUGGGCGAACCCACUAACUUUGUAAAAGAUGCUCACGCAGCGGGUUUGGAGGUUCACCCGUACACUUUCCGUGCUGAGAAUUCUUUCUUGCCUGCGGAAUAUCGCAGCGAAAGCCAUUCAGAGGCUGCAAUCGGGGAUUUUAAUGGAGAAUUAAUAACUUUUAUUGCGACCGGAAUUGAUGGACUGUUCGUUGACCAACCGGAUGUGCCCUUACGCGUCAGAGAUAUUUGUUUGGAAAACAAGCUACAGUAGGAUUUUUUGUGUUAAAUUAUAAUAUUUAUUAUAAAUGGCUUAAGUUUGUA